AUGGCAGUACCCCGAGGAUCCAAGAAAGCCAUUGACGAAGAAUUUGAACGUCUUAUGGCAAUUCAAGAAAUUGAACUCGAUCCUGAAGCCCUAAUAUUUCUUGAAAAGGCCUCGGCCUCUCUGGGAUCCAAGAAUAUACUGUCUCUUAGAGGGCCUAUGGACAGAUCGCUGCUUCACUACGCGGCCAUGGGUGAUUGCGUCGAGCUUAUGCGAUAUCUGCUGCUCAAUCAUGCAGCAGUGGACGAGCGAGACCGGAACAAGCGAACUCCUCUCUCGUGGGCUGCAGAGUCUGCUUCAUUAAAUGCCACGAAGCUGCUGUUGCUCAAUGGCGCAAAAGUCAACUCGCUUGAUGACAUGUACACGCCUCCAUUGACCUGGCUGGUAUACGCAGGGCCACCCAGUGAUCAGCAUGCGCCUACAAAGGCUUUCUUGAUCAGCAAGGGAGCAAGAGACAAGGGCGCUAAGCGACGAUGGUUUUUGAAAAAAUUGCACCUGCUCUAA